AUGAAGCCACAUGCCCUCUACUAUAACAAGACGGGUGGAGGUCGCAUGUCCACCAAAGCAGAAACGACAAAACUAGGUGUGAUCAAGCAGAAUACAGCUCAUGAUGAAGAAUUCAGUUGUGCAGGCUUGAACGUCAACCGCCAGGUGACGCCUCCAUAUCUGCCCGAGUUCAAGAACCCGUGCUGGCGUCAGAGGGGAGCUAAUGGAACGUUGCUGUGUGUGCCUUACGUGUUUCUAGCUGGUGAGGAGACGGUUGCUCUCUUUGGUUACUUGUGUGUCCGUGUGUCUAACAUGUUUCUAGCUGGCUUUCCUAAGUGUGGCACCACGGACCUCCACUCAAAGAUCAUAGCCCACCCACUGGUCAGCAAUUUGUCGAGAAAGGAGCCACAUUUCAUUACCAGGAAUAUCUAUAAAGACAGAGCAUGUGCCCCAGGCAGUGAAGAAUUAGUCGACUCCAGCGCCUCCACUGCCUGGGACAACUGCCACUGGACAAGCAUCCAGGCCCAGGACAACUGCACUGACCACUUGGAGUACUUCACGAUGGCCCCGGCCUUGGUCGCUAGGAUGAACCCAAACACCAGGUUCAUCAUGAUCCUCAGGGAACCAGUGGAAAGGGCGUUCUCAAACUACGCCUAUUUCAAUGCCAACUUGAGUCUGGCUGACUUCCACGAUUCGGUGGAGGGGUUUCUACAGACUUUCCAAGACUGUUGUAUUCACCACUCACUCAAGACCUGUGCUUUUGAGAUGCUUUCUCAUGGUCAUGGGCGGCCGGCGGUGUCCCUGUACCACGUAUACAUCAGAGAGUGGCUAGCUGUGUUCCCCCGGGAGAACUUCCACUUUGUGAGGCUUGAGGACUAUCACAAGGACAUUACUUCUCACAUCCGGGACGUCUACCAUUUCCUUGGUCUACGAUAUCGAGAGGAUGGCCGGUAUUCUGUCAAUUUCAUGUGGAAAGUGAGCGUGAAACGAGAAAUCCGCUCGAUAUCGAAGGAUUCUCCGUCCAACCACCAGAUAUCUGGCGACGCCAGAUAUUUGCCGGCCGGAGAACUGAAGGAGUGA